CUUUCUGAUGCUUCAAUUGAAUUUGUCACGAGAACAUACCAGAACUUCUGUAAAACUAGCAUGGCUUCUCUGCUAUUUCCAACUCCAACCUCAGCUACGAUUCAUCAGAACCGCAACAUCAUUUGGUUCUCCCCAGUGAAUCCCACCUCCCAAGCUAAUCCCUCUUCAUUAACAAAGAGGAACCCAGGAAGGUGCAAUGCAUUCUUUGGCAACACCCCAAAUGAUUUGUUGGCGAAUACCAGUCAUCUGGAUCAGUCAUGGUCUCAAUUUCCUGUUGUUAAAUCUGGGUUUCUGCAAUUCCAGAGGUUGACAGGGGAAUUACCGGAGACACAGAAAUGGGGUUUCGUGGUUUUUGCAGGGUUAGCAUGGAUUUACUUGACGGCGAGACCAGGUGUGCUAAUAGGCGCCAUUGAUGCAUACAUUCUAGCUCCUCUGCAAUUGGCUUUCGACAGCUUGAUUGGCAGGAGGAGCCUGAAGAGGACGGACUUCCUGAUUGGGGAUAAACUGGGUGAAGGGUCUUUUGGUGUUGUUUACUCGGGUGCGAUUGUUCCGAAGAAUGUUAAUGUUGAAGAAACCAUGCAGAAGCGAGGAAGAAGAAGAAAAGCAUUGGAUGUGGAUGACAGAUUUAAGGAGAAGGUCGUUCUGAAACAGGUGAAGGUUGGAGUCGAGGGGGCUAAAGAAUAUGGAGAUUUUGAGGAGUGGUUUAACUACAGACUGUCAAGAGCAGCUCCUGAAACAUGUGCUGAGUUUCUUGGAAGUUUUGUUGCUGAUAAAACAAAUUCACAAUUUAUAAAGGGUGGCAAGUGGCUUGUUUGGAAAUUUGAGGGAGACAGCACUCUUUCUGAUUACAUGAGAGAUCGUAGCUUUCCUUUAAACUUGGAAUCUGUAAUGUUUGGGCGUGUGCUGCAAGGAGUGGAAUCUGUUAAACGAAAUGCAUUAAUCAUCAAGCAAAUAAUGCGACAGAUUAUUACUUCGCUUAAAAAGAUUCAUGACACAGGCAUUGUUCACCGGGAUGUAAAGCCAUCCAACUUGGUAGUGACAAAAAGAGGACAGAUUAAACUAAUAGACUUUGGGGCAGCAACAGAUCUUCGUAUUGGCAAGAACUAUGUGCCAGACCGUACCCUGCUUGAUCCUGACUAUUGUCCUCCAGAGCUGUAUGUCCUACCAGAGGAAACACCAAGCCCUCCUCCAGAGCCAAUUGCUGCAUUAUUUUCCCCAAUUUUAUGGCAGUUGAACAGUCCUGAUCUAUUUGAUACUUAUUCUGCUGGUAUUGUACUUAUGCAAAUGGCAAUACCAACCUUAAGAUCAGUGUCGGGUUUAAAGAAUUUCAAUUCAGAAAUAAAAGCAGCUGGUUAUGACUUGAAUAAAUGGAGGGAGAGAACUAGGUUAAGGCCUGACUUCACAAUUCUUGAUCUUGACUCGGGUAGAGGAUGGGAUCUAGCCACAAAGCUAAUUUCAGAGAGAGGUUUCCUUCGAAGGGGGCGUUUAUCAGCUGCUGCUGCUCUGAGGCAUCCUUAUUUUUUGCUGGGUGGUGACCAGGCAGCAGCAGUUCUUUCGAAGUUCAGCUUAAACAAGUAAAAAGCUGCUCAGCAAAGUGAGUAAAUAUUUUCCUUCCAUAUCUUUCAUUAUUAAUCUUCUUUCCCUGAAUCUCCGUGGUGCAUUAUGUCUAAUUUAGGAGUACUAAGUCAUGAGAUUUUGAGUUGGUAUCAGUUUAUCAUACGUGAUGAAGGGGGGCCCCUAAUUGUUUG